GGUAGCAACAUCUCGACCCAGGCAAGUUAAAGCAAACCUCUGCGGCCAGUCGAAUCGGUCUCAUUAGACACCAGGAGCCUGACGCAGCAAGGAUGGAAAUCAAGUUUUCAAUGGAGCCUAAUUAUCUCUCAAUUUGUAUUAGUGAGACCUUUCAAACUCUAAUCACUUAAAUUAAAUCAGUAAAUAGCCUUGUACAUGAUGGAAGACACUCACACGACCCAACUAUUGCAUAAACCUAUCAAAGAACGCUGCUUCAUCAGCUUCUAUUGCCCUGGGGGAGAAGCCAGAUGGACUCCGUACAAGUGCAGUAUUCUACUAGAUGGCUCAAUGAAAUGUAUUGCAAAGUACAAGCAAGCGAAGGAGGAGCCAGAGAUCGGGAAACAGAAAGGCUUGCACUCUGACAACACUGGCUACAUUCAAAAGCAAACUUCCACAGCUAACACUGUGAGAAAACUCUGUGCAGGCUCCUUGCGUCCAGUUGAAAAGCUACCAUUAUUCCCUGAUGUGUUAAGUAGAAGGCCAGCUUUCAAUCCACCUUCAAAAAUGGGAAAUCAGGAUGGAAAAUUUGAAGAUGCUCAAGAGACCGAAAGUAAGCAGAAUGAGCGGGGACAAGACUGUGGUGCACUGGAUCUACAGCAUUCUUGGUCUUCUGAGCGAAAGAAAAGUGAUGGCAAAAUUAAAAAGCUGAAAAAGAUUGGCAGAAGAAAAGAGAACACCGAGGAAUCUGCAUGUAAAGCUGUAAAAAAUAAAAAAAUUGUGGAAUCGGAAUCUUCUGUUGUAGGUGCAAAAGAAAUAUCAGUGCUGAGAGAUGAGAUGCGCACAAAUAGCUCUGUAAGCAAUUCUCCUAAUUCAGUUAAUUAUAGCAAAAGCAAAACUCUCCAGCCAGCCAUGGACGACAUUGACAUGCUGUCGGGAAUGAAAAGAACUACGUCAGAGGUACUGAGAGGAAACUCGAAUUUUCAGGAAAACACCGGAAUAACUGGUUUAAAUACUGGUUCCGACUUUAAAUCAGAGUGCAAUGAUGAGUUUAUCACUGAAGAUUUAGUGACCAGUAAUAACAGUUUAUUGGAUGACUUACAAGAUACCAUAAAACUCCUGCAAGACCAGCAUGAUGAUGUCUUUCAAAGCAAGCAGAUGGCCGAGAAGUUACCAGAGAUCUGUAUGCCUUCGAGAAGUUUACCUUCGGAUGACCAGCAUCACUGCAAAGUUGGAGCAACUCCUGAGGAAGCAAUAGCCACAGUGGUUACCAAAAUACAUGAUGCAGGAAUGGUUGUGCAAAACGUUGUUCCAGCUAUUUUAAGAUCAGAAGAAAGUAUAAGCCAUGAACAUUUUGCAGAUGAACCAGUGCAAAGUUGUGUUGAGGAACAGAACAUUUCCACAGUGGUUACUGAAAUGCAGAGUGAAAGACCCGCGGUUUGCCAUGUUGUCACGGUACCUGUGGUAGACGUGGAACGCAAGACCGCUGUGGUGUGUGACCAACAGUCAGAUAGCGAUAGAAACGUAUUUAAAUAUGAUGGGGGAGAAAUGCCAAUGGUUGUAGACUCCGAGCCAUUCACUGGAUGUGUCAACAAACAUCUGAUCAGUGUUAUUGAGAAUGAUCAGUUUUAUGAAGCAGGUGAAUGGCACAGAGUGGAAAAGGGCGGGUUGCAUGCAAGUGGAACUAAUUGGACUUGUGACAACAAAAAACUGUUCAGGGAUGGUGCACUAGACAUAAAAGAAAAACUGUUUUCAAUUCCACUUCAGUCUGUAGAUGGAAUUUCGUUGGAUGACACUUUGAAGGAAGACAACAAAACUGUUUCUCUACCAUUACUGAUAGCAGUUACUAAUGUUUGUAAUAGUCCAUGCCCUACUAAUAAUGCUCAGCAUCAUGUGUCACCUGUUGCAUCUCCUUUGACAUCUGGAUUACCUAGUCCUCAACACCAUCACAGGAUACUCCCGUUACCUGUAUUGGAAACCGAACAGAAAACCUCACAAGAGGACUGCUCAAAGCCGUAUACAUCCAUUCAUAACUGUACUGCAUUGAAAGAAACAGAAGUGGGACAAAAUAACACUUCCUUCCAAGUUUUGCACCAAAAUCUCAGCAACACUGAUGAAAGGUUUCAGCAGCAAGACUAUAUGGAACAAGAUGUAUUCGGUCAGUAUCAGGCAGUACGAGAGAAGACUUUUCUAAAGCAGCAAUAUACUGACCUAGCAGAAAAUGGAUCACCGGUGGAAAGAGAUUGGACAAACACCAGGCCACAAUAUUUGGAUCUUCAGCUAUUUUCUAUGGAUGGAGAAAAUAUUGAUACAAAUACUCAAACAUUCUGUUACAUGGAAGGUUAUGAUAUAUCGCCAUCAGAAUUUGAAGACCGAACUCCUGGACGGCUCCAGGCCAUUUGGCCACCUCCCAAACCAAAAGAUGAGGAAGAGAAAGUGGGUUUGAAGUAUACAGAAGCAGAAUACCAUGCUGCCAUUUUGCACUUGAAGCGAGAUCACAAGACAGAAACAGAAAAUUUGCAGAAUGAAUUUGAAUUGAAGCUUUUCCAUAUACGUGGGGAACAUGCCGAAGAAAUAGCUAAACUUGAAGAAACUAUUGUGCAGCUACAAAAUAAAUUGGAAAAUAAAAUAAAAGAGAGCAAGUCUGAAACAAGGGACAUUGCUGUUUCCACUGCAGAUGAACUUGUGUUGAAAACAUUUCGCAACGUUUGCAUUCAAACUGACCGAGAAACGUUCAUACAGUUGAAUCAAGAUGAUGGCAAGAUAGCAAAAACCAAUCUGAGCACCCCAGGAAAGUUGAAGCUUGUACCCUUGAACUUGAAUGGUCAGUCAGCUUGCUCUCUCCAUGCUACAAAGGAGGAAGCUUUACCAUCUUCACAAACCUCAACGUCACAAGAAUCUCAGUCUGUACCACUUCCUCCGUUAUCACCAUCACUUUCAGGUUCUCAAAGUUCUCCUACUACACUCCUGAGUGGUCCACCACCUCCACCACCACCACCACCACCACCCCCACCUCCACCUCUUCCAGGCUCUGGACCUCCUCCACCUCCACCUCUUCCAGGCUCUGGACCUCCUCCACCUCCACCUCUCCCAGGCUCUGGACCUCCACUUCCGCCUCCUCUCCCAGGCUCUGGACCUCCACCUCCGCCUCCUCUCCCAGGCUCUGGACUCCCACCGCCACCACCAUUUGGAGCUUCUAAUCUCAGAUUGUCUGCGGACAGACCUGCACGGAAGCCUAUCAUAGAACCACGCCGGCCAAUGAAGCCUUUAUAUUGGAAUAGGAUUCAGAUAAAAGAUUCCAGAGAUGGCAAUAUCUCAACCAUCUGGGAAUCACUGGAAGAACCUCAUAUCCAAGAUGCUGAAGAAUUUGAAGAACUCUUCUCCAAACCAGCAGUGAAAGAAGUGAAGAAGCCUUUGUCAGACAGCUACCAGAAGACAAAUAAGACAAAAAAGAUUGUAAAGUUGCUGGAUGGCAAACGUUCUCAGGCUGUGGGAAUUUUCAUAUCAAGUCUACAUCUGGAAAUGAAAGACAUUCAACAAGCUAUUUUAUAUCUGGACAACACUGUGGUGGAUUUGGAAACACUUCAAGCAUUGUAUGACAAUAGAGCUCAGGAGGAUGAACUGACAGUGAUUCACAAAUAUUAUGAGAAGUCAAAGGAGGAAGAAAUAAAGCUCCUGGAUAAGCCAGAGCAGUUCUUGUAUGAGUUAUCACAGAUACCUAAUUUCGCUGAACGCACCCACUGUAUCAUAUUCCAGUCUGUUUUCAUGGAAGGAAUUUCCACAAUACGACGCAAAGCAGGCAAUGUUCUCCACCUUAGCAAGACUUUGACAGAUCACAAAAAUGUGAAGAUUGUUCUUGGACUCAUCCUAGCUUUUGGAAAUCACAUGAACGGUGGAAACAGAACACGUGGCCAGGCUGAUGGAUUUGGUCUAGAAAUUCUUCCCAAAUUAAAGGAUGUCAAAAGCAGGGAUAAUCGAAUUAGUCUUGUGGAUUUUGUUGCAUCCUAUUAUUUGCAUCAUUUUGACAAGGAUGCAGGAACGGACAAGAGUGUAUAUCCUCUACCAGAACCUCAGGAGUUAAUGCGCGCCUCCCAAGUUAAAUUUGAGGAUCUCACUAAGGAUCUUAGGAAGUUGAAAAAAGACCUGGAAGCAUGUGAGAAAGAAAUAACACUUGUUUGCCAGAAGUCAUCAGAGCAGGAGCUCCAACCUUUCAAAGAAAAAAUGGAAGAAUUUAUUCAAAAUGCAAUAAAUGACCUUAAGGUAGAAGAAGCACAUCUUGAAGAAUCACAGAAAAGCUUUGAAGAAACAAUAAGGUUCUUUGGAGUGAAGCCAAAACCUGGGGGGAAAGAUAUUACUCCAAACUACAUAUUCAUGCUGUGGUUUGAAUUCUGUACUGAUUUUAAAAAUACUUGGAAACGUGAGAGCAAAAACAUCUCCAAAGAAAGGUUGAAGGAGGCUCAGCAGUCUGUGAAGAAGAUAACUUCAGAAAAGAAAGUUGAAACAAAGAAAACAAACCCUAACAGCCUGAAAGAAAGACUACGCCAAAGGGAGGCAAGUGUCAUCACGGACUGAAGGAAACCUCAAAGUGAAAGAGUCCUGUGACUUGAUUAUUGCAUUCAAUCGGAAUUUGAGGGAUGUUCCUUGAAAAACUUGCACAUCUUCAUGCUGCUUAUCCCCCAAUGCCAACACACCAAGGAGGUUUCCAAUUCCAUGACAACAUCAAGAGAGCCUUCACACAUUCUUGAUUAUGGUUGUCACAGGACCUAUAUGUUCCGCCCUCACCAAAGUGAGAUUUCAGUGGUUCAAGUUGUGUCUAAUUGUUGUAUAUCCCAUAGAAUUCCAGCAAAGGGAUUCUGGAAUCUAAAAAAAAUCAAUGUGCUGUCACUUCCAAAAGCUAUUCUCUCUCUUGCAACAUCAGUGGAUUAUAGUACGCUGUGCUACAAUGUGACUUGGGGUUAGACACAAUGUUCUUAAAAAUUUAAUCAAACAUUGAAAUUGUAUAAUGUUCCAGCUGUAGCUGCUACAGAGUUCAAAAAUAAUGUAAACGUUAUGUUUUUGCAAUUACGUGUUCUUUUCAAUGCUUCCUGCAUCUCAGUGUAAGAUGCAAAACGUGUUUGACCAACCAAAUGAAUAAACCGACUCUGUAAUAUCCCCCUCAUUACCAUGCACAUUGGCUUUCAAAGCAUAGAUUAUCAAUUAUGCACCUAGAAGCCUAUUUAAAAAGUAAUCCAAAGUCAAACUUAUUAAAGUUUCAAGAAAAGAAAGUGAUUUGGAAUUGAAACACAUCAAUGCCCACUGGGUGUUUUGUUUCUUUUAUCUCUGCCAAGAAAUACUCAAUCAAAAUUGAAUUUCUUGUCAAUAAUAUGAAGGAAUAGUGUGAAUAAUGUUCAUGCCAACAGUUAUGCGAUAUAUCAUGAAUUUGAACAUUCACUACAUUUUGAGGAAAGGAGACUUUCAGCAGGUUCUGAGGUCUGGAUGGUUACCAGGAUUUUUAAUCUGCCUCAUUACCCAAUUUCUCAUUAUUUCUCCAUCUCACACAAACUGGGCUUUUGUCUGCCAGUCCAAUAAAAGAUUGCUUCCUAACUGCUUGUUUGGAUGGUGCCCUAACCUCAGCAAGGAAGGACUCCAGUUUGUGGACUGGCGACAGUGAGUGUUAGAAAUGUCGGAUCUGAAGUCCGAUGAGCGUAAAUUGCUUCAUCUUAUAUUAUCACUGAUGCAAAGAAAGCUAGGAAUUUUGGAGAGACCAAAUUUACUCCUGGCAAAAAUUGUAUUGAAGCCAGCAACCACUACUUAAAGGUAGUACAUCUGUGCUGAUAAUCAUGUCCUCCUUCACUUUCUUUCUUAGGGAUUUCAAUCAUUUCAAACUUUUCUGUUCAAUAUCAUUCUUCCAUUCAUAAAGACCUUGAAUGUACUUGAGAUCUCUACCUUCUACAUUUGCGAGAAGCUAUAAUUAACAUGUCAGCCUACAUAGCUUUCAACAGCCAGAUGUCAGCUGUAUUGCAAACUGACCCUAACCUACAGAAGAGCUACAAUAUUUUUGAAGUGACCUGGCAGAUCACUAUGUAUUCUGCAAUUUGAACACAUGAAGCUCAACUGCCCAAAGGUUUUGUAGUAAUUCUUAUAGAAUGUUAAGAAGGCUUGCAAAUAUUCUUUUAAAAUAUUGCUUUCAGCAAUAAUUUAUUUUAUAUAUUAUGUUAUUAUAAACCAUAGGCCUGGUAUAACCAAUACAUUCUGGCCAAAAUUAAUAAGUAAAAUGUUGGAUUCAGUUCCCAGAAAGAUGGAUGCUGUUGCUGGUUUUCUGAAAUGCAGGGAAAUUGUGACGGUGUGGAGUAUGGAGCUAAAAAGCAAUACCUAUAUUCAAUUUAUGUUUUACAGUCCCUAAAAUAGGUUCCAUUCAAUGUUUUAAAAUUUAUUUUGGUAUACACAAUUGAUCUUUGCAAGGUUUUGAGAAGAAAAUGCAUCUUUAAUCUUUGGGAUAAAAACAACUUUUUAUUGUUAGCGCAUUUAUCAAUAUAAUAUUCACAUCACAAAUUCAAAGUCAAUAUUAUUAACUGCUGUAGUUUUAAUCCACAUGCAUAAAAUAGUUCUCUUGUUGUCAAAGAGCUAAUAAAUUGUGUGAUGAAUUAAUGUAUACAAAAGACAUAUGGAAGGGAGACAUGUCCAUUCAAAAAUAAGCAGAAAAAUCUAAACAGCACUUGAUUGCAUUUUGUUCAGCAAUAGAUAUUGCUGAACAUUAACUUCUAAUAUAUUUUUGUAUAGAAUAUGUGUCAUGUGAAUGACAUGGCAGCUUGAUCCAUUUGCCAUAAAUAAAACAGGUUAAUAGGUAAUAUUUACUAUACCUUUAGAAUUAUGAAUAUAGUUUAUAAUAAUAUCAAUGUUCUCAGUUGACUAUCUCCAAGUAUUUUAAUAAUGAUUAUUCAAAAUAGAAUUAUUUUAUUAAAACAUCCUAUAUGUAGGAUGGAAAUCCAAGAUGUAUAAUAUAUGUGGGGAUAUAGUUGUGAAGGUUGUUUACUAUAUUAUGCCUUUAUAGAUCCGUUUGUGGUUUGGUGUGUUAAUAACCAUAGAGAACAUGAAUGCAGAUUCGGUUCUUGGUUUGUCUUAAGUUCUGUGGCCACACACAGGAUAACUGAAGGGGUAAUGGAAGAAUCUUCAGUGUCUUUGAGCUGAUGAGGGGUAAAACUAGCCUGAAAUGUCACACAUGAUUGCUAAAUGGUGACCCCUUCUGGAAUGUGUGAGAGCAGGACUGAGCUCAGCCAUGAUGCCUGGCAUUGGCCUCUGAUAACCUGCCAAAAUUUAUUGUCUAGGCUUGCACUUUUUUAAAAAAGAUCAAUUGAACAACAUACUUGAUGACUCACCAUACCCAAAGAAUUCUACAUUCCAACAUGAAGCAAAGAAAUUGUGAAUGAAGUGAGUGAUAUUAAAUCUCAUCAAAAUGUUUUUGUUAUUUUCUUUAAUUCAGUAAAGAGCCCUGAACAUAUUUCUUUAAUCAAUUUAAUUGCUUCUUUUUCCUUCACCUGUUAAAAUAGUAGUUAUUGAUUUCCUAAACAUGUGGCUCCUUGAUCAAAAGGUGUUAAUUUUAUUCAUUUUAUACAACUAAAAUUCUAACUAUGAUGUACAAUUAACAUUGUGUAGUAAUGAAACAAAUGUUUUGUUUAAGUCUUAUUAGAGAUGGAUUCAAACAUAAAUACUUACAAUUUU